UAAGACACCCCCCCCCCCAGCUGUCCACCACAGUAGAUGAGCACUCACUCUCGGUUACACCACUCCUAAGAUCACAGAAUCCUCUUUGAUGCACCAAAAGACGACAAAAACAGAAUUUUCACACACCGAGUAGACUACCAGGAGGCCAUGAGCACAUUUGGCUACCGUCGGGAACUGAGUAAGUACGAGGAUUUGGAUGAAGAUGAGCUGUUGGCCUCGCUGACCGCCGAGGAGCUCCAGGAGCUAGAGAAGGAGCUGUCGGAUAUUGAUCCUGACGACAAUGUUCCCAUUGGACUGCGACAGAGAGAUCAGACAGCUAAAACUCCCACUGGAACAUUCAGCCGGGAGGCUCUGAUGAAAUACUGGGAAAAUGAGACCCGGAAACUGCUGGAGGAGGAAAGGAUGGGAUCCACAAGUCCUAGACAGAAAAAUGAAGACUCCAGAGAAGAGGAGGAAUGUGUGACUGAGAGUGAAACUGAAGAAUCAGAGGAGGAACAAGUUGAGGUAGAAGAAUCCGAGGAGGAAAAAGAUGAGGUAGAAGAAUCUGAGGAGGAAAAAGAUGAGGCAGAAGAAAAUGAGAAAGAUGGACAGAAAUAUCAGGAAGUUGAAGACGAAGAGGAGGAAGAAGUGGAAAGUGAACUUGAGGAGUCAGCGACAGAAGAUGAUGAAGAGGAGAACAGCUCUAAAAUGGUACCUCCACUGGAUUGUAUGACUCAACCUCAGCAGUGUUGGUCUUCAAAUGGUCAGUCCAAACUGAGAAUGGUAGAGCCUGUUAGACAAAACUCUCCAAUGAUGGGUGAACCAAAAGUCCAAGUUCAGGAGCCCAGUCGCUUGUCAGGAAACCCCACUGUGGUGGACGAUGUUCUGGAGAAGAUCCUCAACAAUGACCCAGAUACCACUGAGGUCAACCUCAACAACAUAGAUAACAUCUCCCAAGAGACCCUUAUCCGCUUUGCAGAUGCCUUGCAUUCCAACACUCAUGUACGCUUCUUUAGCCUCGCCAACACUCAUGCAGAUGACCAGGUAGCUUGUGCCAUAGCCAAGAUACUGAAAGAAAACUGCUACAUCACAAAUCUUAAUAUGGAGUCCAACUUUAUUACAGGAAAAGGUAUACUGGCACUAGUGCAAUCCCUGACAAAAAAUAAUACUCUUAUUGAACUCAGAUUUCACAACCAACGGCACAUUUGUGGAGGUCAGGUAGAAAUGGAGAUCGUAAAGAUACUGAGGGAGAAUACCACACUGAUAAAGUUGGGCUACCAGUUCGACCUUCCCGGUCCUCGUAUAAGCAUGACGACCAUUCUCACGCGCAACCAGGACCUCCAAAGACAGAAGAGGAUGCAACAACAGCAAGGAGGUGCACCGACAUCCACAAACCCUCGAACCGCUGCCCUUCAGCAGAGUACGACCACCCCUUCUCCUUACGGUUCCCCUCGGAGUUCACCAUGGUCAUCCCCAAAGAUGCCACGUAUUGAUAUGGCAAAGAAGAAUGCUCCUCCUGCUCAUGUUCCUCCACCACCACCACCACCUCCUCCUCCGCCUCCACCUCCUGCACCCAAAGCCAUUCAAGAGAAGACGGCUCCCACCAGGAUGAUUGCCGAGGUCAUCAAACGGCAAGAGGAGACCUCCAAGAAACAGCAGGGUCCCACAAAGUCUAGGUCAAAAAAGGGUAAAAAAGGGGCAGCAAAGCAAACGGAGACUAAAAACAUAUUAAAGGAACUGAAGAACACCUUGAGACCCAUCAAUGACAGGGAGAACUCCAGACCCUCCACGCCACAAUGCGGUGCUCAUGAUCAACUCAUGGCUGCCAUCAAGGGCAGCAGCAUCAAAAAUCUCAGGAGGGUGGAAGUUCCGCAGUAUCUUCGGUAACCAACCAGACAUUUAGACUUCGGAAUAAGAUCGAACAAGUAUCCAGGAUUAAAGAGCCAUCUACUUUAAAAUAACUGUACAUCAAAUUGUGUAUCUAUUCACCAUGCAUUGAAUAUUUUUGUGGGUGUGCAGUCAAUGAUUGGAUAAUUGCAAAAUGACAAUUAUCCAACAAUUUUUCUUAUUAUUAUUCUUAUAAAUUAAAAUUAAAGUGGCAUAAAGAGAUGUGUCAUAUAAAAGUAGGGUUUUCUGUAUUGAGAAUGUCCAGGAUAUUUGCACAGUAUUCAUCUACUUAUUAUAUUAAUUAAUAGUACUAGUUUCUAUUGUAGUGUUUUUUUUUAAAGCAUUUGCAUUGUUUUUAAAGCAAAAUGGCUAUUCUUUAGAUCUUGUAUUUCUACCGUGACUUUUAAUGAUUUUUAACACAAGUUCUUGAAUGUAUAAAUGUAAAUAUUCAGCUUGAUUCAAAAAAUGAAAUGUCAAUGUGUGCAGACAUAAAAAAAAUAUAAUUGAUGAGUGAAAACCUAUUCAACCAAUUAUCAUUAUCAAAAGAGUUGCAAAAGAAUUAUUUCAUCAAUUCUUUCUGCCUUAUGGUAUGUGUCUUACUUAACAGAACUUACCAAAACGGUUUGUGGUUAAGGAAGUGGUCAGCAGAUUAGACUCCCAUGACCAAAAGAUGGGCCCAAAUGAAAUUGGAGAGUAUUAGUUGUGUGAAUAUCAGUCUCUUAAUCCGGAUACAGCAUGUUUUGUAUGUUUUGGAAAAGUUCCCUGGGCUUAAAUCCACUCUGCAGCUGUUCACUGUGAACACAGAAAUGUUUUUAGCAGUAGUAGCAACAACAGUACCCUAAUGUACCUGAUGUUCCCACAUAACCCGGUUGCAAAAAUGAUAUUCAAGAUUUUAAGGGACAUAAUCGACUUUUAAUAUUAAUCACCGGUGUAUCACAACCUGUAAUGGACAUUUGCAGUGUGCUAACACCAUAAUAAGGAGAAUGUCAACAUUACGCAUUGCACAUGCAUAAAAAUAAUUUGCACAUCAUUUAAGAUAAAUCUUAAAAGGCAACAAAUAAUACAGCCAACAAUAUAAAGACUCAGUAAAUAUUAACAUUUAUUUGAGUGUACAAUUUUAAUAAUUAUUUUUCCAAUCUAAUUUCAAAGGGUUCAAGUCUUUGUUGCAUCUCAAUGCAAAGCAACCCCAGCAUGAAAACAAGAAAAAAAAAAAAAACAA